CCGCUAAUUAGGAAAAGUCAUACGUGGAGGGAAAUUUUGGUACAAAUAUUAAGAAGAAGACCCGGAACGUUUUUAGUUGACCCCUUCCUUUGCUCACACGAAGUGUAAACAACACUUCACUCACACUGAUCAUGGGAAACACACUGCAAAAACCAGGCCAGAAUCAUUCUGAAAAUAUCCAAGAACAAGAAUUGCAAGUGACAGAAUUACCAGAUGAAUCUCAACCAUUCACCUGUGAAAUUUGUAUCGAGCCUAUGUUGUUACCCAAUAAAAAAUUCAAGAAUCAAAAUCACUGUGUUCAUCCAUUCUGUAUCGACUGUAUUGUAAAAUACAUUACCAUCAAGCUUGAGGACAACGUCGGCAACAUUCCGUGUCCGUCUUUAAAUUGUAACCAAUUUUUGGACCCUAUCUCUUGUCGGAAUCUUGUGGGCCCCCAGCUGUUUGUUAAAUGGUCUGACGUGUUAUGUGAGUCCGCUGUUUUAACGUUGGCGCAGUGUUACUGUCCGAAUCCGAAUUGUUCGGCUUUGAUUUUGGAUGAGUGUGGUGAGAAUGCGAAGCGAUCACAGUGCCCAAAUUGCAAGAAUUUUUUUUGCUUUCAGUGUAAGCUUCCAUGGCAUGCUGGAUUUCAGUGUGGGGAAUUGAGGGAUGGAAACGACGUCGCUUUUGGUAUGCUUGCUGAGCUUAAUAAGUGGAAGAGGUGUCCUACGUGUCGCCACAUUGUUCAGCUUAUUGAAGGUUGCAAAAUUGUUAAAUGCAGGAAAGAAACAUGGGAGAAGAUAGGGAAUUUUAUGUCAGAUAGUCAAGCUUGGCCCUGUAUAUUCGAGUUUAGAUUUGAUCUUCCAGUAAAAAUAACAUAUAAAAGAAAAAAGAGCCUAUGAAGCCAAAUAAAUGAUCUGGGAGGAAAAGAAGUUGCUCAUUAGAUCUAUAUUUUUAAAUAAACCAGGUUUAAGACACAAGUUAUCAGCAUACCUGAGAUAUUGAAGUGUAAUUGCUGGUAUCCUAA